AUGCCUGGACUCCCCUCCAGCAUCGAUCUUGACGAGUGCAUAUCGAGACUCUACCAAAAGGAACUGCUUGCCGAAUCCGUCAUCGAGGCGAUAUGCGCAAAGACGAAAGAGAUGCUCAUGAAGGAGAGCAACGUCGUGCACAUCCAAGCUCCAGUCACCGUCGUUGGAGACAUCCACGGCCAGUUCUUUGACCUUCUCGAGAUAUUCAAGAUCAGCGGGCCAUGUCCAGACACAAACUACCUCUUCCUCGGCGACUACGUUGAUCGCGGCCUCUUCAGUGUCGAGACCAUCUCUCUCCUGGUCUGUCUCAAACUCCGCUACCCUCAACGCGUUCACCUGAUCCGCGGCAACCACGAGUCCCGAGGUGUGACACAAUCCUACGGCUUCUACACUGAAUGUAGCCGCAAAUACGGCAACGCCGCUGUCUGGCACCACUUCACCGACAUGUUCGACUACCUCUCCCUGUCUUGCGUCAUCGACGACAAAAUCUUCUGCGUCCACGGUGGUCUGUCGCCCAGCAUCCAUAGCAUCGAUCAGAUCAAGAUCAUCGACCGCUUCAGAGAGAUUCCGCACGAAGGUCCCAUGGCCGACUUGGUCUGGAGCGACCCGGACGCCGACCGCGACGAGUUCUCGCUGAGUCCAAGAGGAGCUGGUUAUACAUUUGGUGCCCAAGUCGUCAAGAAGUUCCUCGAGGUCAACUCCAUGACACACAUUCUUCGUGCCCAUCAACUCUGUAAUGAAGGUUACAUGGUCAUGUUCGACGACAGGUUGUCAACUGUCUGGAGUGCUCCCAACUACUGCUAUCGAUGUGGAAACAAGGCCAGUGUCCUCGAGGUUAGCCCGACUGGAGAGAGGAAAUGGAACGUCUUCGAUGCUGCUCCCGAAAACGAAGUCCACCGCAUCGAACAACAAAACCAGCACAACAACGCUGGCUCAGAUCCGGUGAGGGACUAUUUCUUGUAG